UCUCUGGAUCCCUGCUGAAGUUCUGUCCUGAAAAUUGUGCUUAAGUGAAUUUUCUGUUAGAGGAACUUUGUUGCUACUGUCUUACCAAGAUGAUUACAACACCUUUCAAACAUCCAGGAAUUAACUUGUCCUCAGAGAUGUCUUGUCAAAGCAGAAGUCUGCCCGUGGAUGCAAUCUUUUUUGACAGCAUUCCUUCAGGCACACUUACUCCCGUAAAAGAUUUGGUGAAAUAUCAGAACUCUUUAAAAUUGAAUGACUAUAAAAAGAAUCAGUUCCUAGAAAUGACAACUUUUAACAAUAAAAAUGUAUUUCAGUCUACCAUGCUACCAGAGGCUACCACCUCCAACCGUUCUCUUGAUAUCAGUGUUAUAAAGCCCAACAAGAAUGGAUUAACAAAUAAAGCAAACUAUGAAUCACCAGGAAAAAUAUUUCAAAGAAUGAAAGAAAAAGUACUGCGUGACAAGCAAGAACAAGCAUCAGGAAACAAUAAUUUUUUGGAACCACAGAAAAACGAAAGUAACAAAAUCCUCACUCCUAACAGAGCUGAAAAAAAACUAUUGCAGCAUAAUACCUACCUCUGUGAAGAAAAGGAAAACAACAAAUCAUUCCAGUCAGAUAACAGUUCACUAAAAGUCCAGGAAGUUCCUCUAGAAUCAUCAAAUAAUAAUAUUUUCCUUUUGGACAAACACAAGACUCGAUGUCAGCAGGAAAAGAAAUCACCACUACACAAUUUAACUUAUGAACUUCCAAUUCUGAACCAAGAACAAGAAAAGUUUUUGGCUGCAGGAGCCUCAAACAAGGCAUUAGCUACAGCUCAGUUGGCUAAAGAAAUUCUUCAUUCAAAGGAGAAUAUUGUUGCAACCACUAAGUCCAAAAAGGACACGUUUGUUUUAGAAGGCAUUGAUUCUGCCAAUGAAAAAUUCCAAAAUACUAAUGUUGAGACUCUCAGUACCAGUUUUGUUCCUAUUAAAAAUGGCAGUCAGUUAAUGAUUUCUAAUAGUGAGAUGACAGCAGAAGUAUCUUCACAACAGGAAAUUAAGGAAGGAAAUGAAAAAACAGUAUCCAGAGAGACUGAUCUUCUAGGUUCUAUGAAAGAUACAUGUAAAAUUGUACUGGCAACUCCAAGGCUUCAUGUAACAGUACCUCGAAGGUCAAAAAGAAAUGUUUCAAAGCUGUCUCCUCCAAGUAUAUUUCAAGCUGUUACAAAUGGAGUUAAAAAAAAUAAGGUAGUCCAGCUACAGGAAUGGAUAAUUAAAGUCAUCAAUGAUAAUACAGCUGUAUGUGUAGAAGGAAAAUUGAUAGACAUCACUAACAUAUAUUGGCACAGUAAUAUAAUCAUAGAGCGGAUUAAGCACAACAAAGUUAGGACUAUAACAGGCAACAUUUAUAUACUAAAAGGAAUGAUAGACCAGAUUUCCAUGAAAGAAGCAGGAUAUCCAUAUUAUCUCAUAAGAAAAUUUAUGUUUGGAUUUCCAGAAAAUUGGAAAGAGCACAUUGAUAAUUUUCUAGAACAAUUAAGAGCUGGUGAAAAGAACAGAGAAAAGGCCAGACCAAAACAGAAAACUGGAAGAUUUGUCCCUCACAUACAAAAAUCAAAGAAAAAUGAUGCAGGAAAAAACCAAACAGAUGUUCUCCAAAGGGCCAGCACCACUUAUGACCUCGAUUAUGAUAACUGCGAACAGAGGAAUAGUAGGCACAGUGGGUUGCCAGAAGCUAUGGAAUUAAACGGUUGCCGUACUAAUUGCCAAAAUAAACCACCAUUAAGACUCCCAGAUAACCAAAUGUAUAAAACUGUUCAAAAUGGAGGAUAUGACUUAUCUAAUCAGGAAUUAAUUGGAAAAAAAGAAUUUAAAAAUUUGUCUUCAAAGAAACUAAAAAAUUGUGAAAGAACAAAUGAAAGGAUAAUUCAGAGUCAGAAACAAGAGAGAACUGAAGAAUUGGAUGUAUCCAUUGAUAUUCUAACCACAAGAGAACAGUUUUUCACAGAUGAAGAAAGAAAAUACAUGGCUGUCAAUCAGAAAGAAGCCUAUAUUUUAAUAACACCACUUAAAUCUAGAAAACUGAUAGAGGAAAGAUGCAUGAAGUAUAAUCUGUCUGCUGGCUCAAUUAAAGCAGUAACAGAUUUUGCAUUGCCAAAGCAUCGAAAAGAAAACCCCAUUAGUAAAUCCUCAGGGACUUUUGAAAAUACGUUAGAGUAUAGUGUAGGUCAUAAACGUAACAGCAAGGAAGAUUACAGUGAACUUGAUUUCCUCACUAUUGACCAGAAAAUAAAAAUACCCAGCUCUAAAAAGGAACAAAUGGUCACCUCUGACUUUAAGAAAAAUACUAGGUUGCUACCAAAAUUGAAGACAAUUGAAAAUCAAGUAGCUAUGCCAUUUUAUAAGCAUCAGUCCUCAUCAGAUUUGUCAAGUGAAGAGAGUGAAACAGAAAAGGAAAUUAGAAGGAAAGCUGCAGUUGUUAAGAAAACAAGAAAUACCAAAGAAACAGAAAUUCACCUAAGAAAAAGCAUAAGAAAUACUUCAAGGAAUAUCCCAAUGCUUUCAGAAUCUGAAACUGAAGAAAGUGAACAUGAAUUUUACAUCAAACAAAAGAAAGCUAGAUGUUCUGCUAAAGAAACUCUUCAGAAAUCUGGUGUUAGGAAUGCAUUUCCAAUUAUUGAGGCAAUGGGAUCUGAUAAGACUAAUAGGCAAUCCUCCGAGUGUUUACCUGGUUUAAUUCAGGAUGAGGAAUGGAAUGAGAAGGAAUUACAGAAACUUCAUUGUGCUUUUGCAUCUCUUCCAAAGCACAAGCCUGGUUUCUGGUCAGAUGUGGCUAUGGCUGUAGGUUCUCGGUCUGCUGAAGAAUGCCAGAAGAAAUACAUGGAAAAUCCCCGAGGAAAGGGAUCCCAGAAACAUGUCACUAAGAAAAAGCCAGCCAAUUCCAAAGGCCAAAAUGGGAAGAGAGAUAAUACUGGUAAGAAGGAAACUAUUAAGAUAACUGCCAAAGUUGGAACUCUUAAAAGGAAGCAACAAAUGAGAGAUUUUCUGGAACAGUUGCCAAAAGAUGACCAUGAUGAUUUUUUCAGUACAACACCUUUGCAGAGUCAAAGAGUACUGUUGCCAAGCUUCCAGGACAGUGAAGAUGAUGAUGAUAUUCUACCAAAUAUGGACAAAAAUCCAACAACUCCAUCAUCAGUUAUCUUUCCAUUGGCAAAAACUCCUCAGUGUCAGCAUGUCAGUCCUGGCAUGCUAGCCUCUAUAAACAGGAAUGACUGUGAUAAAUAUGUUUUUUGUAUGCAAAAAAAUCAUAAAAGCAAAGGUGGCAUUGUCUGGGGCAACAUCAGGAAAAAAAAGGUUGAAACUGAAUUCACAACUGCAACAUCAAGAAGAAAAAGUCCAUUUAACAAAGAUUUAGGAGAAAACUCUAGUAUUGGAAAACUUUUCACUAAUGCUAUGGAAUCUUUAGAUGAAGAAGAGAAAGAUUAUUAUUUUUCAAACUCUGAUUCUGCAUAGUGAAAAUGAGAAAAUAUAACUUCUAGGAUUUUUACCAUAAAGCCUGGAAAUUAUAAAGCAGACAAUGUAUUUCCUUUGUAAAGUAGCUUCAUAUGAAAAUUACUUUUUCCCAAACGUUUCAUGUGUUUAUAUUCAAGGUAAAAAAUCCUUCUAUAGAAUAUUCUCAUUGUUGUACCUAACUAAAAAUGUAAGGAAAAUUGUUUCACUUAUGUGUAAAUUUCUGUUUUAUAAUAUUAAAAUAUACAAAUAAGUUUUAAAAAGUCAUGUCUCAAACAGAUUUUUAAAAAGCUUUCAAGAAAAUGUUGCUCUACUAUAAGUGAGGUGAGAUGGGAGAGGGGAUGAAAGAAGUUGUAUUGGUGGCUACUGAAUUCGUGAAAACUUCUAAGUUAGCAUUUACCACCACUUGAUAUACAAGCCAGAGUUGAUCUAAUGUUUAAAUUACACAUUCGUAGCACUAUGUGACAUGCCUCUCUCCUGAUUGUUUUUCUUAAAAUUUAUGAUUGACAUAUAUCUAUGAAAUCUAUGUAAACGUAUUGCUUUUUCAUUAUUUUAUCAGGUAGAAUUAGAUAAAAGUUUUGUUGCAUUCUUAAGCCUUAUUUACAUAUGCAGACAUAGCUUAAAUUGGGUCUCAAUAUUUUGACUGGAUUAGACAAACAUUCAGUUAAUACAUCCACGAUUAGAAAGGAGUCAAGUUUAUAAGAAAGGAGUCAAGUUUAUGUUAUGUCAUAGUAAACAUCCCUUUCCUUUCUUGACAGCUCCUUUAGAAAUAAACUGCUUUUAGCUUAUUAUGUUUUAUAAUUUGAUCUUCCCUCUGGCUACACAUUCAAUUACCGUUUAUCUCCAGUUAGAUUGUCCAAAUAAAGUUAG